AUGGAUUCUUCUCAUAAUACCACAAUUAAUUCCUACAUAAAGGAAAUUGAAGGCUACCUCAAUAAUAAACGAAUACUGUACGAAGCAGAAGGCAGAAGAGAAUUUGUUCCAUUAAUAGAUCGCACUGUACAAAUGAUUAGAUUAAUUAAGGAUCCUGGAACAACGGAAGGUCACUCUAAUGUCACAGAACAAAGUAAUCGUUCAUCCACACAACGCACUUUUGAUCGUCCACCAGAAAAAAUGUACCAUUAUGCUGAUGGUGAAGCAAUUGAUUGUGCGAUAUGUAUUGAACAAGUUGAACCGAAACAUGCUCAGGUUCGAUUAUCAUGUGAUUUUAAAUGCCCUUACUGUCGGUUAGAAGUUGAAAGCUAUGCAAAGCAACCACGAACUUGGGAAUAUCCUCCAAAUGGUCCACCAACUCCACAAAAUCUAAACGAUCAUAAUGAUAUGUCACAUCCAGGAGAAUUGGAUUUUGCUAACUUUCAGCGAGAUGAUUAUUUAGAUGAAGACGAUUUCUCGGAUUCUGAUCGUAUCGUAUAUGAAAUUGCAAAUGGUGGUGAUCCUUACAAUAAUUCUGAGACAGAUAGUGAUGAUGAUUCAAACUCUUCCAAUGAAGAUUACGGUCAAAAUGAACCUAUAAACAAUGAAGAUAGGAUUCGUUCACAUUACAAUAAUGAUUCCAGUGAAAAUUCAUCAUCUGGAAGACGAGCUCGUCUUGUAAUGCAUGCAAGCAAUAGUCGUAUUGAUGAUCCAAUAGUAAUAAUUCGUGAUAGUGAACAUGACGAUCAAGGAAAUAGGUCAUCACAGGAACGUCAUGUACGAGAAAGACGUUCAAGGUCUCCGUCAAUAUCACAUCAACGAUCAGAUCCUAUUAAUUCUACUAUAGCUAAUUAUAGUACCUAUUAUUCCGAUAGAGAUCGUGACGAUUUGUACUCUCGAAGUAGCAAUAAUCUUAGUUCUAUUAAAGACAAUGAAGGUGGAGAAUUGGACCGAAAUCGUACUGUUAAUUUUCUGGAUGGAUUGCAAAUAUCGGAUACCAAUGAUUCUUCCAGAUAUAGAAAUGAUGAUUCUCGUAGUAUUAAAUCAAACAUCAACGACUUUUCCCGAUAUAAUGAUAAUGGAUAUGAUGGAACAUCCCGAAGUUAUGAUCAUUACAAUCAAAGUUCACUGGAUUCAUCAUCUAAUGUUCGAAAUGACGGGACAUUUUAUAAUAAUUCAAAUAAUCGGCACGGGUUUAAUUCAGAAAAUGAAUUCACAAAUACUAUAAGCAGACAUAAACCAUCAUUUCGGUUAAGAAACAUGUAUCAAGAAGAUUCAACAACUGCAGAAGAAGUAAUGGAUGAUACCGAUUCAAAUGCAGGAAACGAUAUGGAUACUACAGAUAACGAAGAUACAGAAGAUGAAGAUUUUCGAAGAUGCUUUUCUCAUGAUGAGGAUAAUAUCUCAACAACAAGUAUAUCUUCACCAAUCAGAAACGAACCAAAUCCAUGGUAUAAACCAUGGUCUUGGUACAAUAAUAAUCAUUUUAUAUCAGGUACAGCAUCUAGUCCAGCUUCAGCUGUUGCUGAUGUAGAUAGUGAUGCUACAAUUAGCAGUGAUGUGAGUACUCAUGGUGUCGCGGUUAACUUAGAAAAAAAGUUACACCGGGCGCAACAAAAAGUGUGA